CCCCCCGCCCCUCCUGAGAGCUGGCUUCCUGCUAGGUCGGGCUUUCGGGCUCUUUUCCUACUGCCCGUCGCUCGCUUGCAAGAAGGCUGGAUGGUUACACCGGGCAGGUUGGCUCCAUAAUGUUAGGGACUGUGAAAAUGGAAGGGCAUGAAACCAGCGACUGGAACAGCUACUACGCCGACACUCAGGAGGCCUAUUCCUCGGUGCCCGUGAGCAACAUGAACUCGGGGCUGGGCUCCAUGAACACCAUGAACACCUACAUGACCAUGAACACCAUGACGACGAGCGGCAACAUGACCUCCAGCUCCUUCAACAUGUCCUACGCCAACACGGGGCUGGGGGCUGGGCUGAGUCCCGGUGCCGUGGCCGGUAUGCCGGCAGGCUCGGCGGGGCCCGUGAACGGCAUGCCGGCCGGCGUGGCCGCCAUGGGCACGGCGCUGAGCCCCGGUGGCAUCAACGCCAUGUCUGCCCAGCCUGCCCCCAUGAAUGGGCUGAGCCCCUACGGCGGCAUGAACCCCUGCAUGAGCCCCAUGGCCUACACCCAGUCCAACCUCGGCAGGACACGGGACGCUAAGUCCUUCAAGCGGACCUACCCCCACGCCAAGCCGCCCUACUCCUACAUCUCCCUCAUCACCAUGGCCAUCCAGCAGGCACCCAGCAAGAUGCUGACGCUGAGUGAGAUCUACCAGUGGAUCAUGGACCUUUUCCCCUACUACCGACAGAACCAGCAGCGCUGGCAGAACAGCAUCCGCCACUCGCUCUCUUUCAAUGACUGCUUCGUCAAGGUGGCCCGCUCCCCCGACAAGCCCGGCAAGGGCUCCUAUUGGACCCUGCACCCCGACUCUGGCAACAUGUUUGAAAACGGCUGUUACCUCCGCCGGCAAAAGCGCUUCAAGUGCGAGAAGCCGGCAAACAGUAAAGCCACUCAGGAGGGCAGGAAAGAUCAGGCCGGGGCCUCUAGUUCAAGCUCCAACUCCCCCCUGCACAGAGGCCACAACAAACCUGCGCAGCUGGACACGGCCACCUCUCUCUCCAGCUCCAACCCGUCCACCAGCCCCCAGUCUAUGGACCACAGUGGAUCAAGCACGGAGCUAAAGACCUCGGCCUCGGCCGCCUCUUCCACCAUCAGCUCUGUACCCACCUUGGCCUCCGUCCCACACCCCCCUCACUCAUUAGCCCACGAACCCCAGCUCCACCUCAAGGGUGAUCCCCACUACUCCUUCAACCACCCGUUUUCCAUCAACAACCUCAUGUCCUCCUCGGAGCAGCAGCACAAGCUGGACUUCAAAGCCUACGAGCAGGCGCUGCAAUAUUCCUCUUACGGGGCCAGCAUCCCCGGCGGGCUGCCCCUGGGCAGCGCCUCCAUGGCUGGCCGGAGCAGCAUCGAGCCCUCGGCCCUAGAGCCCUCCUAUUACCAAGGGGAGGCAAGUGGAAAUAUACAUAAUACACAAUGACCAGGCAAAAAUCACAGCACAAUAGUGCACAGAGUUUGACCGGAGUAAAGAAUGUACACGUAAGUCUCCGCAAAACUCCCACGCUGCAAUAUUGCUUAGGAAAUAUAGGAGAAUGGUUAAUAGCUAAAAUCAAAAUGCAAUUAGUUUAAUUAUUUACAUGUCAAAGGUCGUGCAGCAAAAUGGCUCUUUUCUUCUUCUUCUUGAUGCUAAGCCAGACUUCUGAGCUCCUAGCAAAGGUAGACUAAUAAUAUUUUUGAAAUAUUUUGUACGUUUUCUGCAAUCUGUAGUUUCGAAAGGUCUGUUUCAGCGGGAGAAAAUAAUUGGGGGAAGAGAAGAGUGGAAAAGGGGAGGCGAUAAGAAGAAAACCUGCCUUUGUUCCCUCUGGUUAUUUUCUAAUAAUUAUUCUGACCAUUGUGACAAAGUAGCAGUUAAGGAUAGAUUAGUGUAAAUAACGUCGCAUUUCGCUUGCAAACCUUACAACUUUCUGGCCCAAGCCUUGCCAUGGUGUUUGUUUCUCCUCUUUACCUCAAACAGAAACUCAUUGAGAUUUCAGAUCUUUGAACUUUGGACAGAUCAAACUGCCAGCGCUCACCUUUGUCUCCAGUCAUUAAGGUUUAAGGCAUAUGUAACCUCACGGCAGAAUCCAUUUGUCUUUAUAAGGGAAAAAGGAUGCGAUGCCCUCUCUUUCUCCCCCGCUAAAACUCCUACAUUUAGUUGAAUUCAUAGAAAGGAUCAUUUUCCCGAAUGGCGCCUCUGCUGCGGUAGCAUUGCUCGAAUGGGCUUUGCUCAGGCGAGUUACUUUAGGGGAAGUUCGUCGUUGUUUUGAUAUUAUUAUUGUACAGUUGGUAAUCUAAUUUUUUUUCACCAUGAAAUAUUCCUACACCUGCUCGUUAUUCUAGGAGUGAACUACCAGCAGACAGGGUGGUGGUAUUGUUGUUGUUGUUGUUGCUGUUGUUGUUGUUGCUGCUGCUGCUGUUGCUGCUGCUGUUGCUGUUGUUGUUGUUAUUAUUAUUAUUAUUCCAGCCAGCAGGCGGAACACGCGCUGAACCGGAGCGUUGCUGUGUUCCCCCCUGCCCUGCGCCCUCGCAGGCUGUCCCCCCGCAGCAGGGACAGCUCUGAAGCGGCGCGGAGGCGACACGGCGGCGGGCGGGACGGGGCCCCGGUGUGCGCGGGGUACGGAUGCCACUGAGCUCCCUGCACACACCGGGUCUCCCGCCCGGUCUCGGUAGCCCAUGCCUUCCCCAGCGGACGGCGUUACCCUCCUCUGGUUCAGCCCAGAGGGAUUUGGGACCCUCGUCCGCCUCCACGGAGUCGCCCGAGGGAAUGGAGGGGGGCGGGGGGGUCCCAGGUGGACAUGUUUCGGGUGAUCGCAUUUCUACUUCCGAAAUCGGGCCCGUUCACACAGCACUUGGCAGUGAAAGAGUGUCGAGUCCGCCGUCGUCCGGUAGAAAAGCCAGCUCCAUCAUCUGGAGCGGGGGUAUCCCCGUCACGGACGAGUCGCCCCUUGGCCAGGGGCGGUCAGGAAGAGGUGCCCUGUGCCCCCGGGGCUGGCACCCGCUUCAGUGAGGGGAGGGCUCCGGGAGCUGCCCCACGCCGCUGGGAGAGGGACCCGCGUGGUUCCGCUCCCCGCCAGGCUGUCACAGCACGGAGCUGCAGGCGUGCUCCCGGGGACUCUCACUUCGCUCCGAGCCCGCCCGGGCACCGAGGAGCGGGGCUCCCCGCCCCGGGAGUGGGAUCUGGCCCUCUCCAGCCACCACGUCUACGGCAAAUACCGCCUUGGUGCCCGACACCUCUAAGUGCUCCCUAAUCAUCUACAUUUGCCAUCUACUGCGCAAUAGCUGAAAUGUAUUUCCCUCUUUAUUCCUUCUAUUUCCCGAGCCUGCCCGGCGGGUUGCUAACACACAUUUCCUCCGCUUAUGACCGACAGAAAAUGUAAACAUGUUGGUAACUAGGAGGUGGGCCUCGUUCUGCAAACCGGGAUCUCUCCAUAGUGACUCUCAGUAAUGACCUCUUUAGCAUAAUAAAGCUCGGGGGGCGGGGAAUCUCUGAACUGCGGGGCAGGAGAUUGGAAUAAGAGCAUGUCUGAACUUAUUCAAAUGUAUGCAACAAGUUUUCUAGUUCUAAGGUUAUCUGAUGUGAACAACAGACGUUUUUCUUCUUCUCGUUUUUCCUUGCCUGGUUGCUUUAUCUAAGGAAGUACUUUACAAACUUCAGGUAUGUCAUUAACUUAUAUGAAAUGGAAAGGGAGUAACAACAAGCGACAAAAGCAAGUCCCGACCCCACGUUUAGUCAGGAAAAAAAACAAAACCACCCUCUGUUCAAGCGCCCCGCAAACUAAUAAUACAGACUCUCGUUUAGAAAGGGGGGAUGUCCUCCAAAUGCGUGUCAGCAGACCUAACACCACGCCCCGGCCACCAAGAGCCCUAGCAGAACGAAACGGCGAGCAGAGGUGACCCAGCACAUCUCACCCUUUUCCCCCUCAGCAGAGCCCCGGGUCGGUGCAUACCGCCUGCCCCUCUCGGCCCCGUGGACGCACGAGCGAACCAAGAGCCAGGGAGAAUAUCUUCGUGUCUCCCUUAAAAACACUCCCAUCGGGACAUCGGUGUCCCAGAGGACGGGAAAAAAAAGGAGCCGCUGGACGGUGCAGAGCAGAGCUCUCGCCACCCCACCCCCCGGGCAAUUGUUCCCUUGAGCCCCUAUUAAUGCGGGACAUAUGUUAUCCACAGGCAGUAGGCAGCGGGAAGACUUCGCCAUCUAACUUGUUGCUCAACUUACGAGGCGGUUCUCAUCUUCUCAUCAAAAGCCGCCGGUCUUUCUUCAGCCGUAUGGACAAAAAUGUGAACAACAAUGCCCGCCUCCCUUCACUUCAAAAGCUGCCAGCGCAGAGGCUACCCAGAGAAUUUUCUCUCUGCCUUUCAUUCCCGGUUUGAAAAAAGGCACUACAGGGCCAAGGCGCUCCUAAUACUCUUUGAUGGGGAUUGAAUUCAUUAUCUCCAAUAACACAAUUGUGCUUGGCCAACGAAAA